UCAACAACAGAAGGAAUAACCUCAUCAACAACAGAAGGUGCGACGACUUCAUCUACAGAGGGACUAACGACAUCAACAACAGAAGGAAUAACCUCAUCGACAACAGAAGGUGCGACGACUUCUACCACAGAGGGACUAACGACAUCAACGACAGAAGGAAUAACGUCAUCGACAACAGAAGGUGCGACGACUUCAUCUACAGAGGGACUAACGACAUCAACAACAGAAGGAAUAACCUCAUCGACAACAGAAGGUGCGACGGCUUCAACCACGGAAAGACUAAUGACAUCCUCAACUGAAGCUGGUUCAACCGAUAUUACUUCCACGACCAUUGAUACAACUACAACAAUAGGGACGAUAACAACGGAAGGAUCGACUACGACAACUGAAAUAGCAACUACAGAAGGUUCAACCACAACCGCAGGGACCUCCAGCCUGCCGGCAUCCAGUCUUUUUCCAACGCUAUUUCCAACUGUUUCGCCUACUGGAAGUACAUCAGGCUUAACAGUUCCCUUCACUCUGCUUCCAACCAAUUUUAUCACAGAUUCGACGGAAGGCACUACUACGGAAAGUAAUAUGGCCCCAACAACGGAUGCAACGACUACUACGGAAAGCACAACAGCUUCAACAACGACCGCGACAGAAGUGACGUCGAGUACGAAUCCAACAACAACUUCAUCAGAAGGUUCGACGACAGCAUCCGGAACGCUUUUUCCCACUUUUUCCACCACUUCGGCUCCUGAAAGUGCGACAUUGACAAACACCCCCGUUCCAUUUACCCUAUUUCCAACAAAUAUCGUAUCGACUACCACAGCAUCAAAUCCUCUGCCUUCAUCUGAACUAUCACAGAACGGCCCACUUACCAUUUUCGGCUAUCCAAAUUUGCUACAUCCAUCAAAUAUUCUAAGUCCUCUGAGUGGAGGAAGCCUUUGGCCCUCAUUAGGUAGCGGUAUUCUAUGGAGCAAUUCAAUCGGUUCAGCCGCUCAGCCGAUAUCAACAACAACCAGUACAACCAAGAAACCAUUCCAGAAUACACUGAAUGCUUUGCAAGAUAUUUACACAUCGCUAGGAAGCUUGAAUCAGUUGCUGGGAAGUGAUAUAAACAGUGCACACCAAGAAAUAAGCCGGCAUUUCAUUUCUAGCGAUAAAUACCAACGACCAGGUUCCAGCUAUAGACAAUGGCAACGUAUGAAGCCACUUCCAUUGCUACGAAGACCACUUGCUAGAACUGACUCGUAAUUCUCCUUCAAUAAAACUUGUGUAAUCAG